AUGGCAAACGAACGCACGCCGUUGAUCCAGACGGUCCCUGUCGCCGCACCGCGAGACCGCUAUCCGCACACUAAGAUUCGGCGCAUCUGUACUAUCGCAUUGAUCGUCAUUCCUAUCAUCACUUUGAGCGUAAUACUCAUCGUCAAUUCGACGCAGACACCUGGUGACAUCCCCGAGCGCUCACCAAAGUCGCCUGGCAACUACACUAUCCCUUCAGCAUGGCCACGCUCCGAUGGUCUCGAUUAUGUUGAACUGAAGUCGAUGUUGCACAAGACACCCGAUGAAAACAAAGCCCGAGAAUGGAGCCAGUACUACACAACUGGCGCCCACCUCGCAGGCAAGAACCUGAGCCAAGCUGAAUGGACUCGGGACAAAUGGCUUGAGUUUGGUGUUCACCACGCCGAGCUGGCGGAAUAUGAUGUUUAUUUGAAUUACCCGCUCGAACAUCAGCUUCAACUGCUGGAUCAUGGCAAGGUCACGUACAGAGCAGCUCUCACGGAAGACGUUCUCGAAGAAGAUCCGACCACUGGAGACGAGAAUAGCAUUCCGACAUUCCAUGGCUACUCAGCUAAUGGAAAUGUCACGGCGCCAUAUGUUUUCUGCAACUAUGGAACCUUGAGUGACUAUACUGAUUUACAGAAUGCCAAUGUCAGCCUGGCUGGCAAGAUCGCGCUGGUCAAGUACGGUGGAAAUAUAUUCCGAUCGCUGAAGAUCAAGCGCGCGGAAGAUCUAGGUAUGAUUGGCGUCGUGAUGUACACAGAUCCUGGUGACGAUGGAGACAUUACCGAGGAACAUGGGAACAAAGCAUAUCCCGAUGGACCAGCACGGCAUCCGAGCAGUGUUCAGCGAGGAAGUGUUAUGUAUUUGUGGAACGGAGUCGGGGAUCCGACAACGAUUGGAUAUCCUUCCAAACCUGGUGUGCCCAGACAAACUCUCGACAACAAGAUUCCAGCGAUUCCAUCGCUACCUAUCUCUUUCCGAGAUGCAUUGCCGCUUCUAAAGGCUCUCAAUAAUCACGGGCCUACAGCGGCUUCCUUUCCGAAAUCGUGGCACUCUGGCGGCCUCGGAUACCAAGGCGUCAACUACAACAUCGGGCCUUCUCCCGACUCUCUUCAGCUCAAUCUUUUCAACAAACAGGAAUACGUCACGACUCCCAUAUGGAAUGCAAUCGGCGUGAUCAAUGGUACCCUCGAAGAUGAAGUCGUUGUCAUCGGUAAUCAUCGCGAUGCCUGGAUCCUGGGCGGAGCCGGCGACCCAAACUCUGGCUCAGCCAUCCUCAAUGAGUGUGUGCGAGCAUUCGGCAAGGCACUAGCUGCAGGCUGGAAACCACAGAGGACUAUCGUCUUCGCGAGCUGGGAUGGCGAGGAAUAUGGUCUUCUCGGCAGCACUGAAUGGGUCGAAGAAUACCUCCCUUGGCUGUCUUCUAGCGCUGUGGCAUAUAUCAACCUCGAUACAGCUGCCUCGGGACCAGAACUUGUUGUUGCCUCAACUCCAAACUUUGAGGACGCCAUUGAAAAAGUUCUGAGGGAAGUCCAGUCGCCUGAUCAGAGCACUCCGGGACAGACGGUGCAUGAUGUAUGGAACGGUGAGGUCGAUCUCCUCGGCUCAGGCAGUGAUUUCACUGCAUUCCUCGACUUCGCGGGUGUUUCUUCUAUCCACAUUGGAUUUGAGGCCGGCGAGGGCAGUCCAGUCUACCAGUAUCACAGCAACUACGACUCUUUCCACUGGAUGGAAAAGUUUGGCGAUCCAGGCUUCAAGUACCACGUCGCUUUGGCUCAAUUUAUCGAAGAGCCGAUCAUCUCAUUCGAAGCUCACACGUACUCCAACGCAAUCUCUGGCUACCUCGGAUCCAUCAACAAGACGAUAGAUAAGCUACCUCACAAAAUCUCCACCGAGUUCUCCGAUGCGAUUGAGAAGAUCAUCCCCUCUUUUCUCGACUUCCGCAAUGCGACCGACCACCACGACACUCAAGCUCAGAAAUUAAGCGAAAGGCUCAACGCGAAUCCCCACCCAGAGCUCAUCCCGGAUCUCUUCCGCCACGCCCGCGUCCUCAACCAGAGGUACAAACAGCUCGAACGGCAAUUCUUGGAUGACGGAGGUCUAGAAGGUCGCAAUUGGUUCAAACAUACCAUUUACGCGCCUGGCCUGUGGACAGGUUACGCGGCUGUUGCGUUACCCGGACUCAGUGAGGCGUUGGAUAACCGCAAUCUCACUGCGUUCAAGCGGGCUGCAGAGGUCUUGGUUGGUCAGUUUGAGGCGGCCAAGCAUCUCUUGUGGCCGGAGCAGUACCCGUGA